CUCGCAGGUGACGAGGGAUGGUUCAAGAGCGGGGUUGAUCAGCCCGCCCUCCCGGUACCGUGGUAUUCAGCACUCUAUCGGCGGCACAUCUUGUGCCGAGUUCAUGUCCAAACGAAGUGUCUCGGGAAAGAUCGAUCUCAUCACGUGUGCACUGCACUUUAGUCGCGUACUCGGAGAGUCCUGGCGAGAAAGUAGCAGCCAACAACCCUACUGCUGGACGAGAAGGCAGCCAGACAUAGGAGAGGAAGACUGAUCAGCAUGGCUGUUGCCAGUACCGUGAUCCAGACCGUCUCUGAGUCUGCGGCAUUGCAUUCCCAUAGGGACUCAGCCAGUCUCUCAGAGAGUGGCGGCAGCGAUGUUGAGGUGGCCACAACCUUGAAUUACUACAACGAUCCAGGCGAUGGCUCAUUGCCUGAGCCGGUAUAUGUUCAAAAAGAAACAGUCACUAACAAAAGGUCUCUCGUACCAACUCCGGUGACCGUAAGGGAUAUUACUGGGCAUGAGGCCAUGUUCACGCUUGAUGGCAGCGGCUUCGAGUUAUGUCACCACGAGGACCAAUCCGGUUGCCGAGAAGAUGGCUACCGCGACAAGGAGAGCAUCGAAGUGGCAUAUUACGCUGAAAUGGAGCAGCUGUUGAAGAAAGUGACCGGUGCCUCUCGGGUUUUCGUGUGGGACCACAAGACCCGCCGUGGUCCAACGAACUGGCACAACAUGGGACCAGGAAACCAAGCUAAAAGGGGACCGAUUUUGCGGACCCAUGUCGACCAGUCCUAUGCUGGCGCCGAGUCGUUGUUGCGAUGGCUUUUGCCUGACGAGGCGGACGAACUGCUCAAGAGGCGGUGGCAGAUCAUCAAUGCUUGGCGGCCCAUUAAGACGGUCUACAAGGAUCCUCUAGCAGUGGCAGACGCCAGAACAAUUGCAGAAGAGGACUUGGUGCCCGGUAAAAUCAUAUACACGGACCAUGAACGCGAGUCUUGGACAGUCAAGCCAUCAGCCGCUCACAGGUGGUAUUUCAAGUACGCUCAGCGGCCCGACGAAGUUCUCUUGAUCAAGUGCUACGACUCGGCCCAGGGCGUAGCGCGACGGGCGCCGCACUCGGCGUUUGAAGACCCAAGGCACAUCGAUGAUCCAUGGAGGGAAAGCAUCGAAAUAAGGACAAUGGUGUUUUAUGAUGUCUAAGCAGGGCAGUCCAGCAAAGAAGACAUUAGAUCACU